UUGUUGAGCUGAAAAAGGCUCUGAAUGAGGAGUCGAUUCCAACCUUUGGACUCCCAACGCCUCGGAAUCGAUUCCCAGUCCUACCGCGCAUUUGCUACCGCCCACUUUCUCUUUACUUGCAGACAGACGGAUAUCGCCAUAUCCAAAGGCUUUGAGACCUGAAGAAGAUGAAUGCUGAAGCAGUUAUGAUCCAGAUUAAGCCAGAAUGUGAACUGAAGGAAAGCUGCACAGAAACUGAUUUUAAUGAAGAUGACCGAAGUGGAAUGAAAGAAAAAAUGAAAAAGCAAAGAUGCUUCGAGCAGAGUAAGAACAAGAGGCCGUUUUCCCACCAAAUAUCCAGUGUAAACAGGCAGACCAAGAAUAAAAAUUACACGGACCUAAAAGAUGUCUUUCAAGAAGUCAGAAAUAAGAAACAGCUGGCUGUUCGUUGUGGAAAAAUGUUAGGUUGUCUCUACAGAAUAAAAUAUAACAAUGGAGAGAAGUGUAUUUCAUGUAAAGGGGAAUGGUUUACACCCAAGCAGUUUGAGGAGCUUGGAGGAAAAGGACAUCACAAGAAGUGGAAGAGUAGCAUCUAUUACAACCCAUCAAAUGGCUUUCAACAAAUGCCAUUAGAGAAACUCAUACUAAACGGGUGUCUUUCAGAUUUUGGACAACUGAGGAAGUCAGUUAGACUGGUGACACAGACGGAUAGAGACGAUGCAAACUCAGUGGAAAAUGUAACAAGAAAUAAUGAAUCAAUUAACUCCUUAAAAGGUUUUCCAGAGUCCUGGAAAAGACUGUUUUCCAAGACUCUGGAAAUACCUGUAUGUGGAAUUGAAGGGAAAUCUAUCCAGCCGGCACAUACAGACAGUUCUUCGGAUGAGUCUGUGUCUGUUGCCAAGAGAGUCAAAAUGAACAGGAGAGAAUCUGUGAAUUUGGCUGAAACUGUCGGUAAAAAGAUGCCAGAACUGGUAGAAUCUCCUGGAGAUUCAUCUUCACCUCCCACUGAUGAUACAGAACCUGCAGUAUCUCCUGUCGUAGAUGAGGACAGUCAGACCACAGAUGAAGAAGCAGCUGAAUGGCAAAAUCCUGUCGUUUCUGAAGAGACUGAGAAGACAGGCCAGAUGCAGCUGUUUGAAUUUCUGGCAAACCAGUUUAGUGCAAUCAACAACACCCUGCAAUCAAUUGAUUUGUCUUUGAAGAAGCUGGUGGAAAAACAGUCACAAAACACACUGCCUCAAUAUUUCAGUCUAACUCCUGCUGUUAUUGAAAAUCCCAGGAUUCACUCCUCAGUCAAGGAGGAGCAAAUGAUGGAGGUUUUAAAUAACUGAAGUAGACUAAAGUUUGACACUGAACAAAUUAGGGGUAAUACUGCAGUUAUGAUUAAAAGGAUAUAUAUAUAUAUAUUUGGUAAACUUCUUACUGUUUUUGUCACAUAUUUAAAAUGUGAUUUAAAAUCUCAUUAAAAUCUCAAAAUGUUUUAUUUCA